GCACAACCUUUUUCAAGCUUUUGCAACACAUGCAAUACUUGUGCUUGGUUCCUUGUUGGUUUUGGUUUCAUAAUGUUGAUGAUGACUCAAAGUUAAACUGACACCCGACUUAUCCUUUAAGACACUCGUCUCCUCGAGCAAUCAGCCUCGUUAAUUGUUGCCACCUGUGAAGCUGCAAUGAUGAACAAACUAAUUUCAGGCAGUUUUGAGCAGCUGCUGGUGUCAGUACUGACUGGCUGAUAAUGUCUGUGAUGUACACAUAUGUGUACUGAUAUUUUCUUGGAUAAAGCCAUUUUGAGAGGAAGUUAAGAAGAAGGCUCAUGUGAUUUCUUGGAAUUUGCUUGUCAUUGGCUCCAUGCUGCUGUUUCACUAUUUUUGAUCUCGUUCAAGCUGUUUUCUUUUGAACAGCAUUAUUUAUUUCAGCCUAUGCUACUUCUGUUUUGUUCUAACUAAAGUUAUUUUAAAAGGGUGUGUUGAACUUCUCCCUGAUGCUCUGCAGGGUCAACUGCAUAUUUAUGUAUAACAUUUAUUAUAUGAUCAAUAUAAAUAUUUUAUACAGUGACCUGUGUGUGCACAUGCAUGAGGACAAUAAAAAGAGAGAAGAUAAAUGAGAACAAGUCUGACGAUCUGGCUUAGCUACUGCAGACUUCUACACCAGAUUUAUUUAUUUUUACAUUUUAUCCAGACUUUAUCUGUGCAGGAAGCUGCUUUUUUCACUUCCUAUUUGACAAAUUGCAGGAUUGUUUUGCAUUGUGUUUAAAUGUUGUUACUUUGGUUACAUGUCACACUACAGCAGCACUUUAUCACAAGGAACACAAUUUACAGAUUGUCAGUUGGUGAGCGUCUGCCGCCGUCCAGCCUUGAGCAGACGUGCUCGCACGCCGUGUUGUGACAUAUACAGUAUGUUGUUGACCCUGGAAGUGAUCCAUAGACUCCUUGGAUGAGCUGAACCAAUGAAUGCUUUCUACUUAAUUUUGAAAGCAGCUGAAUCAUUUCAGCAAGUGAGUCAAAUUCCAGAACACAAAAAACUGCCUUGUGUGUAAGGGAGCUCAGUUAGUCUAACAUUAUAUCACUUGGCCAGAAAAAAUAAAACCCUCUGGCUCCACUUUUCCUGGAAUCACUCACCCAUUGUUUAGUCAUGCUGAGGCCAUGACACACAGCACAGCACAGCACAGCACAGAGGUAUAAAGGUGGAGUCACAUCGCACUCACACCAUGCACCUUGUUCUGAACAUUGUUCCCUUUUGGACGCCACACUGGGGAAAAGACUUUUAUGACUCUGCAAUGAAGCGGAACAUUUCAGCCUUUUUAUUUUGAAACCUUGGAGCUACCAAAACUGCGUUUGUAAGUACAUUUUUUAAAAAUUCCUGUACGAUGAACAACUGACAAAAACAUUAAGCUACAACACAAGAGCUCUAAAAAAGAAUUUAAAGGUGAUGAUUUUACACCCGUUCCACCUGUCAAAUGAUAAAUAACAUCAGUGUUAUUAGAUAGACCGUCCUCCUGGAGAGACAAGUCAGAAUCAGAAACAAUUUUUGUUGUUGUUUUGUUUUUCUGUUGUUUUGCUUUAUGCAGUUUCUUCGCUGUGAGACAGGCAGCAUCACAAUCACAUGCAGACCAGAAGGGAUUAUGUAGCUUACACACGGUUGUGUUUGUCUGUAUUUAGAGAAGAAAAUCUUUACGGCUGUCAUCAACCAAAGAAAAUCUCAGUUGACUGCAAAUUAUAGUUAUAAAUUAUAAAAUUAUAAUUAUAAAAUUAUAGGUGUGAAGUGUGGAAGGACAGGGACAAUGUCCACACUAUGUCCACACUGUAUAGUCUGACAGCAUCAGAGGUCAAACAGGACAGUGCAAGAGGAAUGGAUGCACAGAAUGGAGCUGAUGGAACAACAAACGCUUUUCUCCUUCUCUCUCAGCAGAGUUGGUUUCAUGUUUUAUUUUGUAGUUUACUUCUCUUGUGUCUUGCUUGCUUUUACAUUUCCUGUCUUUGUCUGUUUUCCCUCCAGUUUUGAUUGCCCUGAUUGCUGUCACCUGCAUCUCGUCUCCUUUAGACCAUGAAGAUGAUUUGGAAACUGGCUCAUUUUAGUGCUGUCCUUCUUGGAGCCUUCUCUUCCCCAACUCCGUUUUCACCCCCCACCACUGACACUGACAAAGGACUCUGUCACAUCUACAACUCUGGCCGCUCCGCAAACUGUCUGGGAAGACAGCUUGAAAGUGUCCCAUGGAGACACUUUCCAUCCACACUGGAGGACAUAGAUCUCUCCUACAAUAGACUUCAAGCUGUCCAUGCUGACGACUUCUUCCGCCUCCCUCGGCUUCGCAUCCUUCAGCUGCAGUACAAUAACAUUUCACACAUUGACAAUGAUGCCUUUAAAAACAACACACUGCUGGAACAUCUUGACAUCUUCAAUAACUCCCUGCGAGAAAUCCCUGCCACAGCUCUGACUCCUCUCUUGAAUCUCAAAAAGCUCUACAUGUCCAAUAACCUUUACAAACACGCCACUUUAGCUGAUAGCUUCUCCAAAUUUGUUAAACUCCAGGUUCUGUCAAUGGGUGGCCCUUUGGUGAUGGGUCUAAAGAAAGUUGAUUUUCAGCCGCUGAAACACAUCAUGUUACAAGGUUUUGCUAUCAAAUGUUCCUCCAAUCUCAGUUACUACGAGCCUGGAAGUUUAGAAGUCAUCCAGACAGCACAGAUGGGAUUUGAUAUGGCCAUAGAUCAACGGCCAGGUGCUCUCAUCCACAUGCUACGUGACCUGGCCAACAAGACCUUCAGCGUCAUCCAGUUCCGCAACCUUUUUGAGUUCAUGUACUACACGGGACAGGAGGACAUUUUCCAGGGUUUGAAAGACAUCACAGCAGGUCAGCUGAUCUUCCACAGAGGUAAAUUCAAUGAGAAUCUCCUGAGGAUGGCUUUAAUGAACUUACAAGACACCCCAAUCAAAAGGUUGAGACUGCAGUACAUCGACUUCGCCCGUUCACCCACAUUUGUUGAUAGUGGAGCAAGCUCCAGCAUCACAGACCUGGACCUGGAUAAACUGGAUCUUUGGUAUAUCAGCAAUCCUGAUGUGCUGCGGUUUGACUGGCGUUUCACCUGGUUCAACAAAAUCAAGGCACUGUCUAUUCAGUACGUGUACUUCAACUCGGUACCUUGCGAUGCCUGGGUUGAGAUGGAAGGUGUGGAGUUUCUGGAUGUCUCCAAUAAUCGACUACAGGAUGAGUUCAUUUUCAACCAGCGGUGUCAUUACAAGGACACCAUGCCAAAUCUGCACACCUUCAACAUGAACAACAAUGACCUGACCAGCUUAAAAGAUUUGUCAUCGCUAACAAGGGAGUUCCAGCAGUUGCAGGUGCUGGAUUUUAGCAACAACAAACUGGGUUCUGCUGAAAAAAGUCGGGACUGUGUUUGGCAAAAAAGCAUAACUCGGCUUAUCGCUCACCACAAUCAAUUCGAAGGUGAAGCCCUCCUUUGUUUGCCCACCACAGUGGUUUACUUGGAUCUGUCCUACUGCAACCUGGACCAGCUGGACUUGACAUACUUUAGAAAAGCCACUAACCUGAGAGAGCUCCUGCUGAGUGGGAAUAAAAUCAAGUUCAUCCCAUCUAAGUGGGAAAGUCCAUCACUGCAGUUGCUCGCCUUGGAUGGGAAUUCGUUUGGUCUCAUCAGCAAGGCUUCCUUCCGAGACAUGCCUCAACUGUCUCACCUGAGGGCAGGGAACAAUCCUUACCAUUGCACUUGUGAGCUCCAUGCUUUUGUCCAGGACACUAUGUCAAAAGGAAAGGUUAAUCUCACAGACUGGCCUUGGAACUACAAGUGUUACCACCCAGAGGCCUUGCUCAACACAGUCAUAUCCAAAUAUUUCCCAGGCGAGGUGGCCUGUGAUAUCAGAUUAGUUAUUAUAAUUAGUGUGGCAACCACUGCAGCAGUGAUCUUGAUAUUGAUGAUGAUUUGCUAUAUUUUUGAUCUCCCGUGGUACACUAAAGUCACAUAUCAGAUCAUCAGGGCCAAAUACAGAGCUCACAAGGAGAAAGCAGCAGGCGAACUGGGGACUUUCAGAUUUCAUGCCUUCAUCUCCUACAGCCACUCUGACGCAGACUGGGUGAGGGACCAGCUCUUGCCCUGUUUGGAAAACAACAGGAACCCGUAUCGUCUGUGUAUUCAUGAGCGGGAUUUCAUGCCUGGAAGGUGGAUCAUCGAUAACAUCAUUGACAACAUUGAAAGCAGUCAUAAGGUCAUUUUUGUCCUCUCCCGGCACUUUGUUAACAGCGAGUGGUGCAACUAUGAGCUUUACUUCGCUCAGCAGAGAGCAAUGGGAAAGACUUUUAGUGACGUCAUAUUAGUGGUGAAGGAGCCCAUUGACCCCAGCUCCUUACCAAGCAAGUAUUGCAAGCUUAAGAAGAUGCUGAGCACCAAGACAUAUCUGGAGUGGCCCCUGCAGGUCAACCAGCAGGCUUUUUUUUGGGCACAGCUGAAGAGUGUUCUGGGCAAGCCAACGAUGACCCGAGACAGAGCUCACAGUGUUAAGAGCAGAACUUCAUCUGGAGGAGGCAUUUCUGUCAUUGGGCUCCCCCUGGGGGAUGGGAGGCCAGAAGCCGUAACACCAAGUGCAGACAAAGAAACAGAACACAACAGUGAGCGGUCAAAUCAGAGACAAAUCCCUGUGGUGGCAUUUUAACCAGGUUAGAAGAUUGUAUGACUGCUUACAUACCUUUAGUAUUGUCUCAAUAAAAGCCCGAACUCGGGUGACCUCUUGGCUGCAGGGUAUAGCAGACUGGAAGCAAAGGCCAACAUCUCAUUUUGAUGACGGACAUCAACUCGAUCUCUCUCAGCCCAUGGCACUCUGUUACGUUAUCCCUGAGGGCUGAGCUGAUGGGCUCUGCUCCACCGUCCACCUGAGCGUCUCAGGCUGGGUGCCCUGCUGACAGGCGCUGAAAGGCCACGAACUCAGCGGCUCAAAUGAGAUCUCCCAUGUCGCACUCUGGAUAACAAGCAAGGUGCCAGGAAGAUGUGGUGACAGGAACCACAAUGUGGCACAGGUCGUGCUCUGUUACAUUCUUGGCCCUCAGAGGUAUGAGAUCAUGGAUGUUCCAAGGCCAAGUCAAAGGCCGUACAGGCUAUCUAAUACCAAUACUUUAAAGAAACAAACUGUAUUUUGUGAAAGAUCCCAAUUGCUGGGAAAAUAAAAAUCAAACCUACUCAUGACUUUUUGGAUUCGGCGCUGCAUUCUAGCUCAUGAGUAUUGACAAUGUGGUGUGACAGCUGGUUCUAUGACAGAACUUAAGCAUACAUGUGACAAUACAGAAACAUGAAAGGAGUUUCUGAUGCUCCAGCUCUUUCAGCAUGUGUCAUCAUUUGAAGUGGUUCUCUAUAAGUCUAGUCUUUCAAGUUGUUCCUGUAAUAAACCAUUACAUGAAUGGUGAGGCAACUACUACUGUUUGCUGUGUGCCUUAACUUGAUUUGAUUGUGCUGACUGAAGUCACCGUUAUGUUGUUUGUUUGGAUGUACUUUUUGUUUUUGACACUCGCUGUGAAGAUAUUGUGAAGAUACAAAAUGGCACCAAAGCAUCUCAGUCGCCCCCUGGUGGCUGGCUGCAGUACGGCUCAUAAACUCCUCCCUCUCCAUGUUAGCAGAUGGGACAUGAGUCAAACUGAAAACACGGAGUACAUGUCAAAUAAUUUUUUUCUGUACAACAGUUUUUUUAACUGCUGAAAUUUGGUGCGUGCACACACACACACACACACACACACACACACACACACACACACACACACAGUGCAAGCCCAGUGCAAUAAAAAGGCAGGUAGUGUAAACAAGUCAUAAAAAGUUACAUUUUGGGUAUCUUUUCACACCUUAUAUAGAAUGUUGAAUUUUUCUCAUGAAAGUGUUUUGUACCAGGGAAAAUGUUCCGUGGUCGAUAUGUUGCAUAAUAGCAAUAAAAAUUAAGAUACCUGGAAAAUGUGACAAACUCUGAUUCAACAAUGGAUUCUGGAAAGCACAGAGGAAGACAUUAGAGAUUUUUCAGCAGGAGAGUGUUAUAAACAGGAAAGUAUGGAAAGAUGAGAUAAGAUGUUUUACAGUAAGGGGUGGGUGGCUACGAGGUGUAAAUAGCAUACUGUUCUGAUAUGUUCAGUUAUUUUGCAAAUGAACUCAUUUCAAUUCACACGUCCAGUGUCAGUUUUUUCUGUCAAAUACCAACACGACAUACGUGGCACUGUUGGUCGGGUUCAGAAGAAACAAAGGUAGGAGGGAUUUUCCUUUUGUCGUGUGCACUGAGAAAAGCAUAAGUUCUCCAAAUAGAAUCUGAAAUUAAUUGGAAACUUUUGAGAUUGAAAGGAUGAUGUUAUGCAAAGCCCUUUGAGACAAACUGCUUGUCUAUUCCUAAAUAUUCCUUGUACAAUGACAAUAAAGGCUUCUGAUUCUGAUUUGUGGAUGUGACUGUGAAUGCAUGCAUGCAUUAACAGCCUGUGCUUAGAAUAAAGUUGAGAGUCUAGGGGAGCCCUGUAAUAGGGAUUACAUGAGAACUGACUUCAGAGAACUGUGCUCACUGAG